GCUGCUACCGGUCCUUCGCUCCCCUCGUCUCCACAUCUGCCUUCUUCAAGAACGCAUCAAACCACACUCGCAUAUCCAAACCACACACCAAAACCACAAUCAUGCCUUCCACCAACGAAUCCGCCAAGGACUACAAGUUCGAAGGAUGGGUCCAGAAGGACAAGAAGCUCGGCAACAUGACGUGGGAGGAGUACUCGCCCAAGACCUGGACAGAGGACGACGUCGAUAUCAAGAUCACCCACUGUGGGAUCUGCGCGUCUGACCUCCACACCCUGCGCUCUGGGUGGGGCCCAACGGAUUACCCCCAGGUCGUUGGACACGAGAUUGUUGGGACUGUCGUGAAGGCCGGAAAGAACGUCAAGAACAUCGCCGUCGGUGACCGUGUCGGUGUCGGUGCACAAUCUGGGUCUUGCCUCAAGUGCAAGUACUGCAAGGAGGGUCGCGAGCCCUAUUGUGACGAGGGACAAAUCGGCACCUACAACGGCCGUUACCCCGACAAGUCGAAGAGCUCUGGAGGUUACGCCGACUACGCUCGUGUCCCCUCGCACUUUGCCUUCAAGAUCCCCGAUGGCCUGCCCUCGGAGGUCGCGGCUCCCCUUAUGUGCGGUGGAGUCACGGUCUACUCUCCGCUCAAGCAAUUGGAAGCCGGACCCGGCAAGCGCAUCGGUAUCGUCGGUAUCGGCGGUCUCGGCCAUUUCGGUCUCCUCUUCGCCAAGGCAUUGGGCGCCGAGCCCGUCGCCAUCUCCCACAGCUCCAAGAAGAAGGAGGAUGCGACGAAGAUGGGCGCCGUGGAGUUCAUCUCGACGAAGGAUGACAAGGACUGGGCAAAGACUCACCGCCGCACACUUGACGGUAUCGUCUGUACCGCCAACAACCACGACAUGCCUCUCUACGAGUAUGCCGGUCUGCUGAAGCCCGGAGGCAAGAUCAUCCUUGUCGGUUUGCCCGAGGAGGAGUUCCCACCUCUCAAGGCCGUGCCAUUGGUCAUGAACAACGUGUUCAUCGGUGGUUCCGCGAUCGGCGGUACCCACGAAAUCAACGAGAUGCUGGAAACGGCUGCUAAGGGUCAUGUCAAGCCCUGGAUCCAGACCCGCCCAUUGAAGGACGCUAACCAGGCUGUCCUUGACAUGGAGGAUGGUCAGGCCAAGUACCGAUAUGUGCUGGUCAACGAGAAGCACGCCGCUUGAUUGCCCUGCAUGUAGCCAUACAACCCAUCUCUGUACACAUACUUAUUUUG